AUGCCUCGCUACAUGCUCCUCAUCAAAGCCUCACCCGAGGCCGAAAACCCAGAUGCAACCACCCCCGAGAUUUUCGAGGAGAUGACCACCUUCAACGAGCAACUCCACGCUGCUGGCGUCCUCCUCAGCGGUGAUGGCCUCCGCCCAACCGACAUUGACAGCUAUCGUGUCACCUACUCUUCGGAUGGCCCUGCACAAGCCACCAAGGGGCCUUUUGACGUUGAGAAGGAGGCCCACGUUUGUGGCUGGUGGAUCUUGAAGACCAAGGAUGUGGAGGAAGCUUUGGGCUGGGCGAAGAAGAUUCCGUUCAAGGAGGGAGAGGUCGUGGUCAGGCGAAUUGCUGAGAUGGAGGACUUUGGGGAUACCGUGUCUGAAGAUGUCAAGGAAAGGGAAAAGAAGUUGAUGGCUGAGAUUGAGAAACGCGCCUAA